CAUUUAUCCGGCUGUGUGAGAAUGGAAUUUUUGCAGAGCUUCCGAGCUUUUCGAUCGGAGGAAACAUCUCCACCUCUCCCCGCGUGAUCUCCAAUCGCCGUCACCGGCAUUGCUUCGUUGUUCAUCCAAAUUGUCAGUUGUGUUAAGGGGUUUGAUGGAUAAUUAGAGGUUGUUAGAGGAAAUUCCCUUUCUUUAUAUAGAGAGUUUUGUGCUCGCGGGAACAAUGUCAACUAGGGGAGAACAUCACACAGUUCCACUUUCUGUGUUGCUUAAGCGGGAAUCUGCGAAUGACAAAAUAGAGCAUCCUGAACUUGUGUACGGACAGGCUAACCAAAGCAAGAAGGGAGAGGAUUUUGCACUUCUAAACACAGAGUGCGAAAGGGCCACAGGAGAUGGUGUUUCUACUUUCUCAGUAUUUGGGAUUUUUGAUGGACACAAUGGAAAUGGAGCAGCUAUCUACACUAAGGAGAAUCUCUUGACCAAUGUGUUAGCUGCAAUGCCCUCCGAUCUUAACAGGGAUGAGUGGGUUGCGGCCCUUCCUAGGGCAUUGGUUGCCGGAUUUGUGAAAACAGAUAAAGAUUUCCAGGAAAGAGCAAGAACUUCUGGAACAACUGUGACGUUUGUCGUAAUAGAUGGAUGGGUGGUAACUGUUGCAUCUGUCGGUGACUCUCGUUGCAUACUGGAGCCUGCAGAGGGUGGUGUCUAUUAUUUGUCUGCAGAUCAUCGACUCGAAAUUAAUGAAGAAGAGAGGGAACGUGUCACAGCGAGUGGUGGUGAAGUUGGUCGGCUGAAUACUGGUGGUGGUACUGAGAUUGGUCCUCUGAGAUGUUGGCCUGGUGGUUUGUGUCUGUCAAGAUCGAUUGGAGAUAUGGAUGUUGGUGAAUUCAUUGUUCCAGUUCCUUAUGUGAAGCAAGUCAAGUUGUCUUCAGCUGGUGGUAGGCUUAUCAUCUCUAGUGAUGGUGUAUGGGAUGCUUUGACAGCAGAAAUUGCUCUUGAUUGUUGCCGGGGAUUGCCACCAGAAGCCGCUGCUGAACAAAUUGUCAAAGAAGCUGUUGGAAAAAAAGGUCUUCGUGAUGAUACAACCUGUAUUGUGGUUGAUAUAUUACCACCGGAAAAACCAGUCGCUCCUUUACCGGCUCCAAAAAAGCAAGGAAAAGGAAUGCUAAAGUCCAUGUUCAAGAGAAAAACUUCCGACUCUUGUUCUAAUAUUGAUAAAGAGUACGAGGAACCAGACGUGGUUGAAGAAUUGUUUGAAGAGGGUUCUGCUAUGCUUUCGGAAAGAUUAGACACGAAGUAUCCUCUUUGCAAUAUGUUUAAGUUGUUCAUGUGUGCGGUUUGUCAAGUAGAGGUAAAACCCGGGGAGGGCGUCUCCAUACAUGCAGGAUCAUCUGUUUGCCGGAAGCUUCGUCCUUGGGAUGGUCCAUUCCUUUGUUCAAGCUGCCAAGAGAAGAAAGAAGCCAUGGAAGGGAAAAGACCAACUGGAGCACUGACGCUGAUUCUGUUCGUGCUUAUGGUGUCGAGCUCCGACUUUGAUAACCGAAAGAUACCAGCAGCCUUUCAUUUCCGGGCAACACCUCGCAUCAGCUAAAAGUAUUCGUUUUCUUUCACGUGGUUCCAGCAACAAAUAUAUCCAUCCACAGGGUCCAACCAUUGUCAAGUUUUAGAGGUAUAUUCCCUUUUAUUUCCUCUUUGAUUCCAUUUUUUUUGUGUAGUUCCUCGUUGCCACGGUGCAUUUGGUAUUCCAAAUGGAUAGAACUAACAGCGAAAGACGGUAUAGAAUCACAGCUUUGAAAUCACGUCUCUAGGGAGGUGAUGUGGGGUUUGCGUGAAAUUUGUUCAUGUAGAUUAGUCGGGACAAAGAAGAAGAAGAUCAGAUUCAUUGUAACUUUACAUGUUAGGUGCAGUGAUUUGUUUGCUAGGGUUGAAGUUAAGGUUCAUUUCUAUGGAAACUCUAUUCUAUAGAGCCGUGUUCCUAAAUCUCUCCAUCACGGGCUUCCCCGUCAUCUGAAGGAUGUAGUUGAGUUGAAAGCCUCGGUGAAUUUCCAAAUUAUUACGAAAAAAAUCAUCAUAUAUAUCUACCUUUUCCAUUUGUUUGUUCUCGCUUCAUAGAUUAGUGUUUUUUUUUUUUAAUUAAGUUAUUGAGCUCGCCCGUUUAUAUC